UUGGCACGCUUAACACCAGCAAGGGACUGGUCGUGCGUGGGGAGGGCCGAACCCAGGCUGGCCAGCAGCUGGACGGCAGUGAGAGAAAGAGUGGCCUUCAUGUUGAUCUUGGAAGAAAAUUAUACGAAAUGUAAGAGAAAGGAACGAAAGUAUAUUAGAUGAAAGAAUGAAGGAGCUAGUCAAUAGCUGAGAAAAUGAAGGAAGAUGGGAUGGAGAUCUCGAGCUCUGCCGUAGGGCUCUGAAGACAUUGGCCCUUAUAUAGCAUGAUUGUGGAAAGAAGUUCUCAACCCAUAUAGACUGCCAAGCGAAUUAGUCGCCAGGGACAGGGAAUGGAAUUCCACUCCGUGAUAAGUCUGAUACAACGAGAUUCUGGGCGUUGUGGGCAGCAGGGCCUCGACGGUCAGAAGGGCAACCGUUCGAACCCAUGGAUGCGAUUCUCCACCAACCGGUCUACUCGCAACUGCCGUAUGAGGGCAUCAUGAAUGGGGAAAUUCUCCGACUCCUUGAAGGAGGAAGUGGGGGGCCAAGCUAUUGUGCUGGUCUUGUUAUGACUCCGACUCACUCUCUAACCUGCCAAGACGUCAAUCCCUAUAUUAAAAACAGUCCGUCUCCGCCAUUUCGCGGUGCCAUGUCCGUUUCGAGAAAAGGGCAAACCCAGGAGCUCACACGAAAAGGCACUGCAUUCAAGAUCAUGCUAUCAGACAGAUUGGCAUGGACUUAUUGGGAGCUGUGAGCACCAAAUCUCAGCGUUGAUUGGUUUCAUGGGCAGGCCAAAUGCCGUACUCGUAGUUUUAGCUCGAGCAGGUUCUCCUAUAUAUAGAAGGGAUUGUCAGGACCUUCGUAGAAUCUAGUGCUAGACCUGGGGUAGUUACUCCGUAGGUCUCUUGCGAUUCCCAUCAGGGCUGGCACAUUGGCGU